UCGGGCCACAUGAUUGAUGACGGGUCAGACUCAAUUACCUGUAGGUAUGGCACUACAGGACAAGGCGGAUGACAUGUGGCAGUACUGGUGAAACAGACAGUUCCCCACAGGUGUGAGCGUGCAUAAGUCCUUCCUGACGAUACCUGUUGAUGUCGAUGAAGUAAAUUCCGGAGCUCAAGAUCUCGCCAUGAAGUUCGAUGACAUUCUGGUGCAGUUGGGAGAGUUCGGGUUUUAUCAGAAACGACUGUACAUCCUUCUGUGUAUCCCCUCCAUUAGUACUGGAUGUUACAUGAUGAUGCAGAUUGUCGCCAUGCAGGCCCCAGAACACAGAUGUAAGAUCGCCGGCUAUCCAAACGACACGUAUGCAAUACAGAAUGAUUUCCACCGUGCGCUUGUUAAUGUUACCAUCCCCCUCCCCGGGGACGACAGUUCACAGAAAUACGACAUGUGUAACACCUACUCAUACCCAGCCCCUGUCAACUACUCUGACCUAGCGGCGUCGGACAAGGACCUGGCUUCUAAGGCCACUUGUAAACAAUGGGUACAUGACAAGACGGAAUUCGAGGAAACGUUUGCAACACAGCAUGGUCUACUGUGUAGCGACUCCCUGAAGACCUCUCACAGUCAAAUGUUAUUCUACGUCGGGGUACUGGCAGGCGACCUGGGAUUUGGUAUGCUGUCGGAUUAUAUUGGCCGUAAGAAAACGUUCGCCAUCACCUCCGUCGUGCUGGUGGCGUCCUCUGUCAGCGCCGCCUUUGCACCCGAGUUCUACAGCUUCCUCAUGCUCGAGUUUAUUGUAGGAGCGUCCAUACAUGGUCUCUUCAUGGUCUGUUGUGUCCACGGUCUGGAGUUGGUGGGGCCAAGCAAGAGGAUAUGGGCGGGGAUCGUGAUCCACAUAUUCUUUGCUAUUGGGUUAGUGUACCUCGCCGGGGUGGGCUACCUCCUCAGACACUGGAAGUGGAUCCAACUAGCGGUGGCCAUUCCCUGUUCAUUCUACAUGCUUUAUUGGUGGUUUAUACCCGAGUCCCCGCGUUGGCUGAUAAGUCAGGGCCGCUAUGACGAGGCUGAAGAAAUCUUGCAACGAAUAGCCAAAGUCAAUAAAGUGGAAACCUCUGAACGUUUUGUGGACGAGAAAACACUAGACGCGCCCGAAGGGGGACAACUCUGGCACCUCUUCACGAGUAAGGUGUUAUUCUUCAGGACCAUGAUAUUGUUUUUUAAUUGGAUCGUUGUCAGCAUGGUCUAUUAUGGAGUGACGAUGCAUGCUGGUAAGCUCAGCGACAGUUUCUUCUUCGGAUUCUUUCUCAUGGCACUGGUUGAAUUUCCCGCCGGUGCUGCUACCAUAGCCUUGCUCGACCGCUGGGGCCGGCAAAAGCUUCAAUGCGCGUGUAUGCUUACCGCCGGAAUCGCAUGUCUGUGUACCAUAUUUCCGGUUCUUUUUGGAGGCGAUGAUCUGAUGCCGUUGACCUUGACCUUGUCGAUGAUUGGAAAGUUCGGAGCUGCGGCUGCCUUUGGGGUGAUAUAUGUGUUCUCUCUCGAGCUGUACCCUACCAUAGUCCGAAAUGGCGGCAUGGGAGCAAGUUCCUGUGUGGCACGCUUUGGAGGGAUGGCGGCUCCAUACGUAGCACAAUCGGGACAAUUGGUUGGAGGUAAUUUUGGACUAGCUCUCCCAUUGGUGAUCUUCGGUGGGGCAUCAGUCGCAGCAGGCUUGUUGGCACUCCUUUUACCAGAAACACUCGAACGAAAACUCCCGGAAACUAUCGAAGAUGCUAAAAAUUUCGGAAAACUAGAAAAAUCACCGUCGAAACUCACACUGGGUCUGAAUGCCUCAACAACAAGUUUUACCUCCCUGGAAAACUUUACAAAGCUUUGAUGAAUUUUAUAUACAUACAAUACAAGCUAGGAGCGUAGGAUUAUCAGACUCUUUUAUAAGUAAUGUUGGAAGACAGGAAUUCCUAACGAGGGGAUAAUAAAUUGGAGCAAAACCCUUCAGAUAUCUGGGGAUGAAUGACCUUAUCACAACCCAUUACAUAUGAAUGAGUAUUAUUUACCACCAGAGUUACUCUCCUUUGUUCCUCUAUUGAUAACUAGUAUGGGUUGUGAUGCACUGGAAAGGUGAAUGACUGGAUAUAGGAGAGAAAAAAGUAUUGUAUCACGUACUUUUUAUGUCUUACUUAAUAUGACAGCAUUUAUACGACGUCACGUUAACAAUGAACGUGACGUGCUAUUGGCUUCUGCUAGCACACUCUUUUUGAUUUCAUUAAAAUUGAAAACUGUUUGAACUAACGAAAAUGUGAUAGCUUAUCAUAGAAUUCGUAAGAAGAAGGAGUUAGAAACUGAGCAAGCCUUUUCCUUGACAUCAAGCCAGUGACUCAGUACAUCUCAUCCCCGAUACGAAGUCAGGAGUUACCGGUCAAAGCCUCGUCCCCAACAUAAAAUCAUGAAUCCUUGCCCAAUAUCGGCAUAUAUGCCUAACAUCUGAUAAGCUGGUGUAUUUAAUCCGUAUUUUGUAGUAUUUUAUCCAAGUCCCUCUUACACAGUGUAUGCUUACUUUUACUGUAUCUGCAUAACUGGUAACUGUUAUAGAUUAAUUGAUAAAUGUUAUCUUUUUCAAACGACGAUGUAUAACGUUAUGUUUUAUAUAAAUAGAAACAUUAUCUUACAUGUAUAUCAUUUGUAAGAAAAGGAGAAUAUUAAGGGAGAGAUUUUGAAAGAUUUAUUUUGUAUUAUAUGUAUUUUUAUUAUUUGUCAGCUAUCCAUAUUGGUUCAGAUUUAUAUAUUCGUUAACGUUACUGUAAAGUGUAUCAAAAAUCAUUAAUUGAUAACAGCUGUGCUUAGUGUAGGAUGUAAAGGUGACCUUUUAGGAACAGUACCUUAAACGGAACAUAGUUUUCAAAUGCAAGAUGCAUCAUAUUUGCUUUUUGAUAAAAGUGAAUUAUAUCUACUAUAAAUCACACUGCAUUUAGUUGAAAUAUUUAGAACAAUUGAAUUAAAAAUAAUUCCCAAGAAAUAGUCAGCACAACAACAUAAAUAGCCCACCACAUUCCUAAACAUGGAAAAGUAUUGCUGUAAUGAAUAUUUUAACGGCACUGAAAUUUCAACAUUAAAAUGAAGCUUCUUAAGCAUUUGAAAUAAUCAAAUGACCACAAAGUUCAUCUUAAAGAAAUAGUCAGCCUUCAUGUAUGUACGUGUAUUAUAGUGGAAUAUAUAACGACGGUGAGAAAAUAUUGGACAAAAUAAUUGACAAAUUCCUAGCGGCGAAGUUAAUUAUUUUACCAAAAUUUUCAAAUGAUGCGUUUGUUGAUUAUAUCUAUUCUACCAAGUUAAAUACAAUGAAAGUCUUUCCGUGUCUACUUCAGUGUUCAUACACAUAUGAUAGGCAAGGUGAACAAGAUGAUCUGAUUAUUUUAAUUUGGUUGUUCUGAUGCGCGCGCUUAUAAUUGUCUUUGCGUGUUUAAUUUUAUUGCACUUUUCACCCUGUGGAUAGAUUUCUUGUUUUGUCAAUUAACCUGGUUAUUUGUGAGACGGAUUCUUUUGUCGCCAUCUACAAUAAACACUGACGUCAUGGUUUAUUUCAAUUAAUCAAUCGACAUCGCUCGCCAACACAUGAAAUCAGCAUUUGACAGAUUUACAAAUACUAUUUCAAGCCUCUUUCGGGAAAGUUAGGCGGAACAUUCUAACAGUAAAGCUUGACAGAUUUAAAGUAUAUUUAGCAACCUUUAGUGUUUGUCCGCUAGCAAAUAUUCAAAUAUAUACCAAAUUAAAUAUGUGUACUCUCAUUGGACACAUGAAACCAGUCCCGCGGCUCGCUUAUUGUCAUUUUGCGGGGGAUGUGUUAAGAAGAGCGUUGGUCUGCUUGCACGCGCAUAGUCUAUCGUCAAAAAAUAUCUGGUUAUUAACCAAUGAAAAGUGUCAGUACAUCGCGAACGUGGUAGAAUUAGGUAUACUAACGUGUAGCGCCGACCAAGCACUAAGUCACUUUGAUGAGUAAUAAUUAGUUGACAUACUAGACUUACGGUUUAAUGUUUAGUACUUUAGAGCUUUGUCAAUGCCUUAUAAGGAUUGUUUAUUUCGCGUUAUACUUCUUGUCAUUUCUAUGUAGAGUUUGCAAUGUAAUCAGAACACUAUUGCAUUUUUAAUCAUAACUGUGUUUUAUGUGGUGUUGUAACAAACCAAAUCAACAACCAAAUCCCUCCUUGACAAAAUCCAGUUAUCGUCCUUGAAUAAAGGGAAACAGAUAUACGCUAAUCACAGUUAUGUUUUAAAAGCUGGAAAUGUCGUGUUUAUUUCUGUAUAAAUUUUGAUAUUCAUUAAAGCCUAUUUGUAUACAAACGUAUAAGCCUUUCGUAUCUAUAUUUUGUAAUCAUUGAAUAUGCUUGAAUGCGUUAUAUGUUGUAUUUGUUGCUAUAUUUUAUUACUUUAAAUAAAGCAAAAUGAU